AUCAUUUGACGUCUGCUUGUUGUCCAGACACCCACCUGCGGUGCUGUGAUUUUAUGGAUUAGUCGUUAACUCUAACUCGUUUGAUUAAUCGUUAAGUUGAGUGAUCGUUAACUUUAACUCGGAUAUUUUCUAAACAACUGAAACUAGAUUUUUACAUUUUAUACCGAUUUUUUUAAUUUUUAAAAAUAUAUUUUUAAUUUUGAAUAAGCUUUAUUUUUGUGUGAAGUGAUCAUGGGGGCCCCGGCAAAAAAAGACAGCUGUUGUAAAAUGGUGAUGAAGUUUCUCUUCUCCCACAUCGGCCUGUGCUCCAUGGUCGUGCUGUACAGUGUGGCCGGGGGGUUCAUCUUUGAGCACCUGGAGAAGAACAACGAGCAGCAGAUCUGCUACGACGCCAGGGCGGAGUACGAGCCCAUGGAGAGCAAGACCAUCAGCUCCACCAUGAAGAUCUUCUAUGAUUACGGAGGGGCGAUAACCACCAACGCUAGCAGAGAGCUGAUGAUCAUCCAGAUCCAGAGCGUUCUACAGACCUUCAGGAACAACACCUUGGCCAUCGCCUACGACGGCAGCUGGUGUGGUCUGUACGGUAAAGACAACGGUCCCAACUACAAGUGGUCAUGGGCUGGUGCCGUGCUGUUCUCUGUGACGGUCAUAACUACCAUCGGCUAUGGUCACAUAGCACCCAAGACAGUCUGGGGCCGGCUGGUCUGUAUCGCCUACGCCGUGCUAGGGAUCCCAUUGAUGCUGCUUUGUUUGGCCAACUUGGGAGACGCCCUGGCUGACAUCUUUCGCUUCAUCUACGCCAAGAUUUGCUGCUGUGGGUGCUUCAAGGGGAAGAAGAAAAGUAAGGAGAGCAACAACAAGGUGAUGUCGAUGAAGGACUCUGGAAGUAGCAACACUGGGCAAUGGGACUCCGACAAACAAGGUCUAACAGGCGCGACCAACGCAAGUCCAGCGUCGUCCACCGAGUUCACGCGAAUCUCCACCAGUUCACCAACAGACAGCAUGGACAUGAGCGACACCCGCAAGUUGAGACCCACCUCUAGCAACUCCAGUAGGGGCAAGGUGAAAAUCGUCCCCCUGGAUCUGAAGAAAAACGACCCUGUUAUCUUAGACGACGAUUCGGACAGCGACGACGACGACGACGACAUCGACGAGAAGAUCACCGUGCCCUUGACCAUCACCAUGAUCGUCAUCGGUGGCUACAUCUUCGGCGGCGCCGUCCUCUUCGGGCUGUGGGAGGGCUGGGACUGGCUCCAGUCGGCUUACUUCUGCUUCAUCACCUUGGCAACCAUCGGUUUCGGUGACGUAGUUCCGGGCACGGACUUUGAGAACCCCCAGGCGCAGGCGCAGUUGCUGCUGGGAAGUGUGUACGUGUUGUUCGGUAUGGCCAUCUUGUCCAUGUGUUUCUCGCUCAUGCAGGAGGAGAUCGUGGCAAAGGCUCGAUGGAUUGGGCAGAAGUUGGGGCUCGUAGACAAGGAAGCAGACGAUUGAUUGAGUCGAUGCAUCGCAUAAGAAAUCAAUCAAUAAUACAAGUAUUGUUGGUCCUUGUUCUGAUUGGUUGUCUAGUUACCCAAUCGCAAUCUGAUAUUUUAAA